UGCGGCAUGUCCUUUAGAUAGAUUGUUUACAGCAUAAUCUGAUAAUGGUGAAGUGCUUGUUGGAUCACAUCAGAUAUUGUUCAAGCACAUUGAGAUAGCUGAUGAGCACAUAUGAAAAUGUUUUGCAAUGGAACAGGUAUGGUUACUGCUCCUGCUGACAAUUAAGGUGCUUUCAGUGACUACGCAGUUCAAUGGAUAUAACUGUGAUGCAAACCUGCAUAGCAGAUUUCCUGCUGAAAGAGAUAUCAAUGUCUACUGUGGAGUACAGGCAAUUACUAUGAAGAUUAAUUUUUGCACAGUUCUUUUUUCCGGCUAUUCUGAAACAGAUUUGGCACUGAAUGGGAAACAUGGGGAUGCUCACUGCAGGGGGUUUAUCAAUAACAACACCUUUCCAGCAGUGGUCAUUUUCAUCAUCAAUCUGAGCACUUUGGAAACCUGUGGAAACACUUUAGUGGUAUCCACAGUUCCAGGAGUUAAUGCAUAUGGGAAUGUAUCAAUGGUACAGAUAGGUAAUGUUUCAGGAUAUAUAGAUACACCAGAUCCACCAACAAUCAUCAGCUAUUUACCUGGGCUUCUGUACAAAUUUAGUUGUAGCUAUCCAUUGGAGUACUUGGUCAACAAUACCCAGCUUGCUUCGUCAUCAGCUGCUAUUUCUGUAAGAGAGAACAAUGGUACAUUUAUCAGCACUUUGAAUUUGCUGCUUUACAAUGACUCAACCUACAGCCAACAGCUGAUUAUUCCUAGUACAGGUUUACCUUUGAAAACAAAAAUAUAUGCAGCUGUGAGAGCAACCAACCUUGAUGGCAGAUGGAAUGUUUUGAUGGACUAUUGUUAUACCACUCCAUCUGGUAAUCCUAAUGACUUUCUUCGUUAUGAUCUCUUCUUUAGCUGUGAUAAGGACCCACAGACAACUAUAAUUGAAAAUGGCAAGAGUCAGAUGGGCCGGUUUUCCUUUGAAGUGUUCCGCUUUGUGAAGCACAAGAACCAGAAGAUGUCUACGGUCUUCCUUCAUUGUGUGACAAAGCUAUGCAGAUCAGAUGACUGUCCCUUUCUUGUGCCUAUUUGCAGCAACAGAGAAAGAAGAGAUGCUAUGAGAAGAACGACUUGGAGCACCCUGAGCACCUCUGGAAAUGCUGUAAUCUCUGCCGGCCCCAUCAUCACAAGGAGUGACGAGACACCAACCAACAAUUCACAGCUUGUUCAUCCAAAUGGGCCGCCUUUCCACCUGAACUCGGUCACCAGUGCACUGAUUUCAGGGAUAGUCAUCCUAGGAGUCAUGAGCAUUUUCCUUUUUGUAUGCUCCCUCACUCUUCUCCACAGGAAGUGGCCCAGCAACUCAGUUUUGGAUGGGAUACAGAACCCGGUUUUUAACUGAAAACAACAAUGAAUUUGCACUUUUAUUUUCUUUUGGGGUUGUCUCUGUUGUCCAUGAAGGUUACUCUCAUUAAAAAUGUACCAAGGCAACAUUCUGCCUAUACUGAGCGUUAGUUAUUCUUAUGUGUAGCAUUAUAGACUUUAUUGUAUAGACACAAGAAGCAAUGAUGAUGGUUUAAAUCCUAGCUACUUAUUCUCAAUUGUGUUUAUGAUUGAGUGCUGUAACACUUUGCCCAUGGGUAUACUAUGGGGUCCAGCUUCCACAUGGGCUUUUAAAGCUAAGCAUUCUUGAAGAUGAAAUCUUCUGUAAACACACCAAACCUGUUAAAUCUGAAAUACUGAUGUUUAAGUACCUUCUCUGUUGAGGGACACUUCUACUCCUUUAUUUUGCCACAACUUUAUUCUGUGGGCCUGUUGAACAACUUAUAGUAGCUCAGAAUUUUCUGUCUGGACUAAAAAGAACUGUGGAGAGACUCUAAAUAAUAAGUGGUCCUUGAGCACAUUUAUUUGGAAGUGGGGUCAUAAGACACAAUGGGCAGAACACCACACUACCUUAUAACUCCCUUGAAGCCAUUGAGGUUGUACAGUGCAAGUCAGAGCAGAAUUUGGCCUGAUAUUUUUUGUGUGUGUUCAGUUGUUUACUGCUGCAUAUUCAAAUCAGUCCUAGGGCACAAUUCUGUAGGGUUUACUUUAACAAAAACCUCUCCCCAUGAAUAAUAGCUUCCAUGAGAGCUGUGCCUGUAUAAUUGGUUCUUUACCUUCCACUCAGGCUUAGUGAGGUUUAGCCAACACUCAUAUUGCCUGGGGUUAAAUUCUGCUCUCAAGGUCAUGUAAAAGUAGAAAGAAUGUAUUCUUUUUAUUAAAGAAAAAGAAAAGUAAAGAAUCAAUCAAGCAAACAAAAGUAAUACAUUUCUUACACCUAAAAUAUCUUAGGGCCAAAUUCUGCAGUUAAUGAGUGAUGCUUCCACUUCUGUCAUCCUGUGGUAGAACCAAUUCAGCCACAGCCACAACGCUGUACGGGUCAAAAAAGAGGUUGUCCUUUCACUAACCACUCUCCACAGAAUUAUACUUGCUGUUUUCCCCCAUGCAAUAGAUUUCCUCUCCGCUUUAAAGACAAACUUUUAAAAAACAACAGGCAAAGUAUGUAACCCAAAUUGGCUCCGGCUAAUCUGCUAGACCUCAGAUCAAUUGAAUUAAGUGAAUUAAACAGGUGUCUACAAAUAGGAAUGUAGGUACAUCAGUGCAGCCUCUUAGACUUGAGAGAACUUGGCGGUACUGAUAACGAGAGGCAAGAGUAGAUAUAGUGUGUGUAUUAAACUUGAUUGCUAGGCAGUUGGGAUUUUGGUUACAGGCCCAGCAGUUAACCUCUUAAUUUCACUUACUGCAUUCUGUAUAUAUUGGUCCAGAUCCAGAAACACCUCAUUGUUAUUUAUCACUUUCCUGUAUUACUCCUGUCUGUGCUUUCUGUGAUAUGACACAAAUGGUUCAUGAUCAGGGCUCUGUGAAUAUCAAGACUAAAUGCAAAUACAAACACGAUAUCACUUUUAUCUCAUCCAGAAAAUGCUGUGUAAAGGCCUGUUGUUCGCAAACUUUCCAACCUGCGAUAGUGUGGGAUCUUUAACAAUGAUUCUGUGCAUGUUUUCCUCCAGUCUUAAUACCUCAGAAACAUUUUUGCACUUCAGGGGUUAGUUCUGAUGACAUGUAAAACCUGAUUGUUUAAUAAAAUAAUUUGAAAAAAUAU